CGCUCCUUGUGGGUUCGGGAUAUCCCUUUGACGUGAAAGGCGCGGUCUCUCCUACACUCCCCUUGCCAGCGCGAGGUGGGUGGACUGGGAAGCUCGGGUAAGUACCGCUGUAUCUGCUUGAGUAAACAUGGAGUCUCAUAUCAGGAAGAGUUCCGUUAAAAGAAAGAGUGAUAUUCGGGAUUAUCUGAAGGGCGAAAAUGAGGCAAGCCCAAGUGUCAAAAGAGUGGGAUCUACAGGUGCAUCCACUCUUAAGAAUCAUCCUACAAGAAAUACUCUUCCUAGCAGUGAGAAAUCAACAGAUGAAGAACGAGAAUUCACUGUGAAUUUAGCUGGUGAUGGGAAGGACCAUGUGGUGAAAGGCAGUCUCCAUGACAGUGUGCUUUCUGCCCUCAAGGCAACAAAAGAUAUUUGCACCCAUAUGGAGAAAAGCAAGGGCAAAGAGAUCUACCUUAUAGGGAAGAAGGGGAUUGAGGGUUGCAUUAAUCUGGGGAUGCCUCUGAAGUAUAUGCCAGACGGCUCCCAUUGUGUAAUGAAAUGUUAUAAGGUUCAGCAACUUGAGGACUCUGCUGGCUUAGGGUAUCGCCAGCAUGAAAACAGGGAGGAGGAAUGUAUUUUGUUCUUCAUUGACCCCAAGCCGACACAAAACAAUAAGUUGAUUAGAUGCAGUCAACUUCUUAAGGAAUACUGCAAGCUGUGUGUCUGUGCACCAAAAGGAGAAACCAUAAAAGAUGCCCUGUGCAGUGAUGGUCGUUUCACGCCUGAGCUAAAGGAAAAAGACUGGAGACUGAUGGAGGGUAGCAAGGCCAUAGCUAACACUCUUUCAGUUAACAAUUUAUCUGACAAGACCUUUUAUGUGGAAAUGACGAAAUCUGCUAAAUCUGGUGGCCAUGCAAAUAGCCAACAGAUUCCCCAGGUGCCUCAUGGGAGGCAGCUCCAAACCUGUCAUUAUUUUAAAAUUGAUCUCCUAAGCUUCUAUCCUGGCUUAAAGGAUCAAAAGGAGAUCAUGGAUAACUUCUUUGCAAAAACCAAGGAGGCACAGGAGCAUAAAAGGGAGGUCCUCAAAGUGUGCAGAGCAAACUAUAGCAAGGAGAUAAGCAAUGCCAUAACGGUUAAGAUGUUAAAGAAGCAGGCAACUCUCAGUCAGUCAGUUGGGUACAUAAAGUGGGGCAUUUCCAGAAAGGAGGGUGAAGCUACUUGCUUUGUGUUGUGUAAUAGCUACAUACUAACUUGCCACCAUGUGGUAAGAUCGAUCGUUGGAGAAGGGAUUGAAGAAAAGGAGUGGGCAUCCAAAAUCAGCAAGGCAGCCCAUGUAACAUUCUCCUAUGAAGGCGACCACCCCAAAGAUGAAGACUUUUUUUCACUUGAGGAGUGGUUUGAAAUAUAUGAUGUUGUUCUUGAUUUUGCCAUCCUGAAACUGAAGGAAAAUGGAAACAAAAGUAGACUUCCUGCAGGCUUGGUAAAGUUAUGCUUCCCUCCACCAUUUGAUGGGCUUACUUACAUCAUUGGUCACCCAGGUGGAGAAACAAAGUCUCUGGAUGCCUGUUCUGUUGUCACUGUGUGUAAGCGUCAGAAGGAAUCUCUUGAUCGUUGGCAGCAGGGUAAUGAGGCAGAACACAGCAACACCAACUGUGGUUAUGAUCCCAAGAGCUGCAUCCAUAUGCUCAAUCCAGGAGUUUUCUCAGAUGUUUGCAACAACCCUGAUGUACUCACCUAUGAUACAUCUUUUUUCUGGGGGUCUUCAGGUUCCCCUGUGUUUGAUAGAGAUGGCCAACUUGUUGCAAUGCAUGCUGCUGGCUACGUUUAUGGAAACAACUCCAAGCAGCGCAGCAUAAUUGAAUUUGGCUAUUUGAUGACGUCAAUCCUCUCAGUAAUUGAAAAGAAGGAUAAAUCUUGGUAUGACUCUGAAAUUGGUCCUUUCCGACAGGCUUCUUAUGCUACAGAAGAGGCUACCGUGUGUGUUGAGCCUAUGGAUGUGGAUUAAAAGAUCUAUGUUCUAUGAUGAUCCUUCAGUCUGAAAUUUGGAAGAUAUAUAGGGCCUAUUAAUUGAUUAAAUUGCAUUUUGCAUUUUUAAAGAUAGUUACGCUUCAUUACAUACAACGCUUUUAAAAACAUGUAUCAUAUAUCAUUUCAAAGCAGUGCCAUCCACCCCAACUUGGACAUCCAAUUCAGAAGGAUAACAUGGUUGAUGGUACUGAAAGCCUCUGAGAGAUAAA